AUGUCCGUACUCAGCUUCGCCCGCACCGUCGCCCGCGCACCUCGCGCGCUCCCCCGCGCCGCGCUGUCUCUUUCCUCGCAGGCCCGGUUCCAGCACACGCUGCCCGAACUCCCAUAUGCCUACGACGCGCUUGAGCCGCAUAUCUCUGGCCAGAUCAUGAAGUUGCACCACCAGAAGCACCACCAGACGUACGUGACCGGCCUUAACGCGGCCGAGGAGAGCUACGCGAAGGCGCAGUCUCCCAAGGAGAAGAUCCUCCUCCAGCCCGCGCUCAAAUUCAACGGUGGUGGACACAUCAACCACUCCCUUUUCUGGAAGAACCUCGCGCCUACAUCGCAGGGCGGCGGCGAUCUUCCCGCUGGCCCCCUCAAGGAUGCCAUUCAGGCCGACUUUGGCGGUCUUGACGCGCUCAAGAAAAAGCUGAACGCAGCGACCGCUGCUAUCCAGGGCUCUGGCUGGGGCUGGCUUGGUUACAACCCGACAACCAAGAAGCUCGAAGUUGUCACAACCGCUAACCAGGAUCCGUUGCUCUCGCACGUUCCCCUCAUCGGUAUCGACAUUUGGGAGCAUGCCUUCUACCUCCAAUACUACAACGUGAAGCCCGACUACCUCAAUGCGAUCUGGAAAGUCAUCAACUUCAAGGAGGCGGAGGCACGCUACAUCGAU